AUGCCCCUAAGUUCGCCAGAGCACAUCUCCAGUAAGAACGAUGCUGAGGUGGAAUUUUUAGUUAAUAAAUCUAAAUCCAACCUGAAAAAAGUUGUUGUCAUCUCCGAGUCCGCUCCUUUCUCUGUUGCCGCUGCCCUUUUCUUCCUCAGCGCCACCAGCUUUAUGUUCUUCUUCUAUGGUUAUGAUGGUUAUGGUGGUGGACAUGGUGCUGGUGGAGACUAUGGUGCACCUGAUUAUUAUGGAGGUGGUGAAAGAGGAGGACUAAGAGGAGGCUCUGGUGGUGGUGUUAGUGGAGAGCAUAGCAUUGGUUAUGGAGGCGGUUCCGGUGAAAGAUAUGAUGGUACUUGUGGAGAACAUAGCAUUGGUUAUAGAGGAGGUGGCGAAAGUGGUGGUCAGGGUGGUGUAAGAUAUGGUGGUGUUGGAGGAGCACAUAUAGGUGGCUAUGGAAGUGAUGGCAGAGCUGAUAGAGGUGGUAGAGCAUACGGCAGUAGUGGAGGUUGA